UCAAAUCGCUUACGCUUCGGUCCUUCCCUCCAGUUCUUCAAUCAUCCGUCGGUCCUUGCUUUUCGAAGAUUAGUGCGACGGAUUCAAAAGAUUUUUACUCUUGUUUUCUCACUUAGGAAUUAGGAUCGGGUCCACAAUCCUGUGCAUGUGAAUGAAGUUCAAAGCUAAUAUCAAUAUUAUGCUUCGAUUACUGUUCUCGCUUUAGUAGAAUUAGAAUAUAGGGUUUAGAUUCAUUUGAUUUCUCUAAUUACAUAUUUAUAUAACAUAUGACGACUUUAAUUGAUAUUUAAAUCUUCUUGUGUUCUUGAAGUUAUCGACUGGAAUAUAAUACUUUCACGUUGUUAUGUAAUCGUAAUCCUAUUGUUCCGUAGAAUUUCCAUCGAUACCCACUACAUGGUAACUAAGUCGAGGAGGGUCACUUUUUUGUUUAUUGGAAAACAUGUUUACUAUUUUAAUAUUUUUCUAGGCUUUCCCAUAUAUAUGUCUACUGGGCUGCUCUAUUAGCAUUCCUUAUCUCUGUUAUGUCUUUUUUUCUUUUUUUUUUUUGUUUAAAUCUACUGUAGUGCAUACUUAAUUAUGAAUAUUGAACUCCUCUUUAUUGAUGCUAUUGAGUCUAAUUUCUAAUUUUUGGUUUAGGUGUAAAAACUGCGAAAGUUAGUUUUUAAUCUAGCCUUUAUGAUCUUACUCUUGAAGAAUAGAACAAAUAGAAAGAUGAAGAUUUCUCAAACGAAUUUUCGUGCACAAUGCCUUCUGGACCAGAUUGAUUUUCACUUCUAGUCAAAAAUUUGUCAUCAUGGAUAAAUCAUGGAUGGGAAAGAGUAGAUUAUCUAAGGAGUAUGACUUGGGUGUUGAAAUGUUUAUUAAAUUUGGAGAAUUACAUGCAAAUGGGUCAAAUUCCAUUAGAUGUCCGUGUUUGAAAUGUGUAAAUUGUGUAUAUCGUAGUAGUCAAGACAUUAGAGACCACUUAUAUAUACAUGGUAUUGAUCAAAGUUAUAAGAAGUGGUUUUGGCAUGGUGAAGAGCUUUCAAAUAAGUUUAAAGAUGAAGAAGUAGGUGACAACAUGGACGAACCACUCGACAAAGAGAAUGAAGACAAUGUUAUGGAUAAAUCAUGGAUGGGAAAAAGCAGAUUAUCUAAGGAGUAUGACUUGGGUGUUGAAAUGUUUAUUAAAUUUGGAGAACGUCAUGCCAAGGGAUCAACUUUCAUUAGAUGUCCAUGUUUGAAAUGCGGAAAUCGUGUACCUCGAAGUAGCAGGGACAUUAGAGACCACUUAUAUAUUCAUGGUAUUGAUCAAAGUUAUAAGACAUGGUUUUGGCACGGUGAAGAACUUUCAGAUGAACUUGAAGGCAAAGAAGUAGGUGAAAACAUGGACAACUCAUUGGAGGAAGAGAGCGAAGGCGAUGAGUUGGAUAAUAUAACCAAAAUGGUUAAAGCAGCUCAUGCUACAAAUCCUCUCAUGAGUGGUUGCAAUCAAAAUACUCCUAAAACAUCUUAUAUGAAGUUAGAUUGCAACAAGAAGAGAGUGCGUGGUCCAACUACUAUGCGCGAGAUUACUCGAUGUAGUAGCCAAGGAGAUAGAAAGGUAGUAGAGUAUAACGACUAUGGACAACCAAUAGGUGUUAAUGGAGCAAAACUGAAGAGUUACAUUGGCUCUUGUGUCCAUUAUCAUGUCCCAAUUACGUAUUCUACUUGGAAACGUGUACCUAACGGGACGAAGGAGAAGAUUUUUAAGUUGAUUCAGGCUGGUUWUGUCAUUGAUGCAGGAUCAAAAAAAUCCAUCUUACAAGCUGCUGGCAAUUCAUUCCGGCAGUUUAAAAGUCGGUUGACGACUCAUUUUAUCAUUCCUUUCAAAGAUCAGCCACAUCGUCUGGAAAAUCCUCCAGAUACUUAUUCGCACAUUGAGAGUCAUCAUUGGCGACAAUUUGUCAAAUCUCGCUUGAGUGAAGAAUUCGAGAAUAUGAGGACAUUACAAGUACAAAGACGUGCAAAAAACAAGUAUAAUCACCGACUAUCAAGAAAAGGUUAUGCUAACUUAAUUGAAGAAUUGAAAAAGUCAUCUUGUAGUAAAAAAGCUGCUCGAAUGAACAAAAAAAGAAGAGAGAUGGAGAACAGAGACACGGAAGAGGAUGAGUCCUUGAAGGAUGUCGAUAUUAAGCGUAAGGUGACCAUGAACAAGAAUCCUAGUUGUGAUUAUGUCUCGACCCGUCGAGCAUCGGGUAGAUCGGAAUCCUCUGAUCGAGUGAAGGGAGAAGGAGGUUUGAGCAAACCUAGUGCAGGCUUUCACACUACAAAACUCGCCCCUAAACGAGAGAGAACGCAAGAGAAGGAAGAUGAGGAGGAGAUAAAGAUGUUGUAUCGACGAAUUAAGGAGUUGGAAGAGCAAAUACGGCUAAAGCAAAUCCCUCCCAUUUCUGAGCAUGGCAGUUGUGAUGAACAACAUUCAGAUGAAGAGAUAUUAGGACCUGCUAAUAAUUGGAACUUCAAAAAGGAGAAUUGAAAUGUUUCAGAUCACGGAAGGAUACUGUACAGGCUACGUUAAAGUACUAUUUGGGAGACUUUUGAAGGCAAGUACCUUAAUUUAAGAAUUGAAGGGAGUUUUGAUCAUCUUAAUGCAUUUUUUUGUAGUUUUAUCGUCUAAAAUGUUUUGUAAUCAUCCUUGAUUCUCAACGAUUGGAGCAAUCUCUCCUGAUUUUGUCUUUGUUUUUGUUUAUUUUGGAUUGCUCCUCUGUCUUGGCCGGUUUAUUUUGUAGACUCCCCUUUUGUACUUCCAUUAAGAUAUGAAAGUUGGUUUAUG